GGCGGGCCCCCGCCGCUGGUUCGUAGCCGGCGCAGCGGCCUGGGCUGGGAUGUGAGGAGCGGCGGGUUCCGGGCUCCGGUCUCCGGGUGGCGGCGGCUGUGAGCGGCGGCACUGCGGCGCAGGCGGCGGAGGCCAGCGGGCGCCGUCGGCGGCUGGCCCUGUCGGCCGCGGGAUGAGGAAGCGGACCGAGCCCGUCGCCUUGGAGCAUGAGCGCUGCGCCGCCGCGGGCUCGUCCUCCUCCGGCUCGGCCGCCGCGGCGCUGGACGCCGACUGCCGCCUGAAGCAGAACCUACGCCUGACGGGCCCGGCGGCGGCUGAGCCGCGCUGCGCAGCCGACGCGGGAAUGAAGCGGGCGCUGGGCAGGCGAAAGGGCGUGUGGUUGCGCCUGAGGAAGAUACUUUUCUGUGUUUUGGGGUUGUACAUUGCCAUUCCAUUUCUCAUCAAACUAUGUCCUGGAAUACAGGCCAAACUGAUUUUCUUGAAUUUCGGGUCUCUCUGUCACUCAGGCUGGAGUGCAGUGGUACAACCUUGGCUUACUGCAGCCUUGACCUCCUGGGCUCAAGUGAUUCUCCCUCCUCAGCCUCACAAGUGGCUGGGAUCACAGUAAGAGUUCCCUAUUUCAUUGAUUUGAAAAAACCACAGGAUCAAGGUUUGAAUCACACGUGUAACUACUACCUGCAGCCAGAGGAAGACGUGACCAUUGGAGUCUGGCACACCGUCCCUGCAGUCUGGUGGAAGAACGCCCAAGGCAAAGACCAGAUGUGGUAUGAGGAUGCCUUGGCUUCCAGCCACCCUAUCAUUCUGUACCUGCAUGGGAACGCAGGUACCAGAGGAGGCGACCACCGCGUGGAGCUUUACAAGGUGCUGAGUUCCCUUGGUUACCAUGUGGUCACCUUUGACUACAGAGGUUGGGGUGACUCAGUGGGAACGCCAUCUGAGCGGGGCAUGACCUAUGACGCACUCCACGUUUUUGACUGGAUCAAAGCAAGAAGUGGUGACAACCCCGUGUACAUCUGGGGCCACUCUCUGGGCACUGGCGUGGCGACAAAUCUGGUGCGGCGCCUCUGUGAGCGAGAGACGCCUCCAGAUGCCCUUAUAUUGGAAUCUCCAUUCACUAAUAUCCGUGAAGAAGCUAAGAGCCAUCCAUUUUCAGUGAUAUAUCGAUACUUCCCUGGGUUUGACUGGUUCUUCCUUGAUCCUAUUACAAGUAGUGGAAUUAAAUUUGCAAAUGAUGAAAACGUGAAGCACAUCUCCUGUCCCCUGCUCAUCCUGCACGCUGAGGACGACCCGGUGGUGCCCUUCCAGCUUGGCAGAAAGCUCUAUAGCAUCGCCGCACCAGCUCGAAGCUUCCGAGACUUCAAAGUUCAGUUUGUGCCCUUUCAUUCAGACCUUGGCUACAGGCACAAAUACAUUUACAAGAGCCCUGAGCUGCCACGGAUACUGAGGGAAUUCCUGGGGAAGUCGGAGCCUGAGCACCAGCACUGAGCCUGGCCGUGGGAAGGAAGCAUGAAGACCUGUGCCCUCCUCCCGUUUUCCUCCAGUCAGCAGCCCGGUAUCCUGAAGCCCCAGGGGGCCAGCACCUGCAAUGCUCAGGAGCCCAGCUCGCACCUGGAGAGCACCUCAGAUCCCAGGCGGGGAGGCCCCUGCAGGCCUGCAGUGCCCGGAGGCCUGAGCAUGGCUGUGUGGAAAGCGUGGGUGGCAGGCAUGUGGCUCUCCUUGCCGCCCCUCAACCUGAGAUCUUGUUGGGAGACUUAAUGGCAGCAGGCAGCCAUCACUGCCUGGUUGAUGCUGCACUGAGCUGGACAGGGGGAGCCCGGGCAGGGGACUCUUGGGGCUCGGGACCAUGCUGAGCUUUUUGGCACCACCCACAGAGAACGUGGGGUCCAGGUUCUUUCUGCGCCUUCCCAGCACAUGCAGAAUGACUCCAGUGGUCCCAUCGUCCCCUCCUGCCCUGUGUACCUGCUUGCCUUUCUCAGCUGCCCCGCCUCCCCUGGGCUGGCCCACUCACCCACAGUGGAGGUGCCCGGGAUCUGCACUUCCUCCCCUUUCACCUACCUGUACGCCUAACCUGGCCUUAGACUGAGCUUUAUUUAAGAAUAAAAUCGUGGUGGUGGUC